AUGUCUACAGGAAUAUCGAAGUCAGCGAGCUCGCUCGUGCCGAAGGACCCUUCCAAGGUCAUGGUCACCCGCGAAGUCACUCCUGAAAUCACCACGUUCUCAACGCCCUUCCUCCGGUUCGGGCGGAUCAAGGUCGGAGGUCGUGGCACUCUCGUACGUCUGUCGUCGGGAGCGCUCGCCGUCUUCUCCCCUGUCGCACUUACAGAUGAUGUCCGCUCGACGGUCACCGCGAAAGGCGGCAAUGUCAAAUAUAUCGUCGCGCUCGACUUUGAGCACCACAUCUUCAUCGGGCCGUGGGCGAAAGCUUACCCCAACGCCGAAGUCAUUGGUGUUGAAGGCCUCCCAGAGAAGCGCGAGCAGGAUGCCGAUACCAAGGGUGUGAAGUUCCAUCAUGUCUUCAGUGGCUCUAACAAGCUCGAUCUGAAGAUCAGUGAUGAGUUCUCUCGCGAUUUCGAUGUCGAAUACUUCCACAGCCAUCCCAACAAGGAAUUGGCUUUCCUCCAUAAGCCAUCACGGACCAUGAUCGAGGCGGAUCUGCUAUUCAAUCUGCCUGCCACGGAGCAGUUCAGCAAGAGUGGCUUGAGCCCAACUGCUGGCAUAUUGACCAAGCUAUUCGGAGGCAUCAUGCACACGCGCGGGCCCAUGAUCUGGCAGAAACGGGCACUAUGGUAUGGUAGCAAAGACAGACCGGCGUUCUCACAGAGCGUCAACAGAGUCAAGGCGUGGGACUUUGACCGCAUCAUUCCAUGUCACGGCGAUGUUAUCGAGACGGGUGGCAAGGCGAAAUGGGACGAGCUUACGAGCUGGUUCGUUGCUGGUAAGCACUGA